UACAGCCGCGGUACUUCGGUUCCACUCUAUGCACCCUCAAGUUAAAAGAAAAUGAGAACGCUGAAGAAGUUACUUGGAAGAGUUCCAAACACGCAAGACAGGGACAGAUUGGGUGAUCAACUUAUUUCACCUCACGAGGCAGCGCAUACUGAACGUUCUGCGUAUCAUGACCCUGAUGGCGAUGAUGCAUAUGUUCUGAACACGGACAGAGAGCCAGCGCUAUGCGUCCCAGAGGACCGUCUACCGUCGAGGUUGCGACCAGGAUCCCUGGAUCAAGGAACAACUGAUCGCGACAAGUUACCUCGAGGUAAUGGAGGUCAAGUUUCGCCAACCGGUACCCUCUAUAAAGACAUGGUACCCACAGAGUCCCGUUUAGAGAAGAAAGGUACGUCAGCGAUAUCUCGAAAGGAAAGUAAAAACGGCACGUGCUACGACAGGCUUAAGCAGCGCAAAGGAAGGCCAAGCAAAGAUUCAAGACAAAGUGUUCAUAACGAGAAUUGGAUCGGCCGCCCCAAAAGGGAGCAAAAACAUUUAAGUGAAUGGAAGGAGUCAGCUGUAGGUGACACUAGCAUUGUGAGCCGGAAGUGCAUACAGAACCGCAGGCAUCACCGGGUAAAAGUUAACACUCUUUCCAAACAGCCUCACGAGCAACAGCUGACGUACCUGUCGUUUAAUGAUGAAGGCAGAUCCGCAGCAGGUGACAGAAGAGCUGCUACGUCGAAGGACAAGAAACUUCGUGAAUACAGCAAUGAUUGGAGAGAUCUUGAAAAAAUCAUGCAAAGAAUCCCCCGACCUAGGAAGGAGGUACGAGCACAGAGUUGGGGUAGACCGUUCAUAAAACCGGCCGAGUUGUCGCCACAAAAAUGGCUAUCGACGACACAGAGGUCUACCUACGCACUUAUGCAGAUUACUGAUACCGGAAGGCAACUUCAUGCUGCAGUGGCUAGCAUGCAACCCAGGAUGGAUCCUGACCCAAGGAAACCAACUACUACAGGCCGUACGAAAUGCGAUGUAUGUCGGUGCACAAAGUGCUGUGGAGAGUGCUGCAAGAAGGCUGUCCAAUUGAGGCUAUACCAGGAUCUACAAGCUACCGUAGAUACCGGUGCUGACGACGUGAAAACAAUGAUAAAAUGCUACGAUGACAUUGCUGCUGCUACAGAAACUGCGCCGCGCACUACAUUUCUCACGCGUUCUCCCGAAGGUACUCAUGUUUUCACCGGUCCUCCAGUUCCUCCUGAGGCGCCCCAGGCUUUUCCCGAACAACUCAUAAGAAUGUCAGAUAUUGAACGUCUUACGGUACCAGUAAUACAUUCGACGUUAAAGGAAACGCCGCUUCCUGUCGUAGCACCUGUGUCAAUGAAUACAGCGGUUGUAUCACCGGAUAUCACCUACGACGAAGCAUCUGCAGCACCUUCCUCUGUACGCCUCUUUCAGUGGCAAACUCUGGGGCAGACAACGCCAGUGGAACGAACGCUAUCGUAUCCUGAACUAUCCACGAAAGCAUAUUCGACGUGUGUAUUCUCGUGGUCAACACCAGUGGCACGCCAAACUAGAUCUCAUCCUGUUCUCCCCGAAAAAGUUAAACAAAUAUCAUGGUCGACAGCUCAGUUGCGUUUAGAAGCGGCCGCGCUUGACAAACAAUUUUCGUUCUAUGUACGAGCGUCCCCUACCUAUACUCUUAUCAAUGAACCAUACUUACCUUCACGAAGGCCCACUGCAGCAACCAGAGCCAGGCUGAACCAUAUCUCAAAACGUGAACCAAUCUCUGAACACACCCGACGUUUUACAACCAUUCCUAGCAUUCAUAAGGUUCGGCCCUGUCAUCAGAGAGGUGAUCACCCUCAGUCUAUUGGUACUCAACCGAAAGUGCAUGCUCCUGCAAAAACGCCCUCGGGCUUCUCUGCACCUGGUACGAUGUACCAAUUAGGCCAGCGAAUGGGCAGGAACCGAACUCUGCAGGCACUUUCCGGUACCUCCACACUUCAGUCAGAGCCUUCACCUCCGCAGACUGUAGCCUCAACUUCGCAAGGAAAAAACUCUGCUCCACAUGAAGCUAAACGAGUUGCCAUAACAACGCCCGAAAGCCAACAAGAAAGUUUCGAACAUUCGACAGAAAGCGAAGACAUAGGUGGGAGAUCGUCGUGUUUCCCAUCUGUAUGCAGGAAACUGACCAGCUCCAGCUGUUGCGCUAAGAAGACAGGGCGCAACCAGUUAGUUCCAAAUGGUAAGAAAGUCGCGAAAGCAAAGCCCACUAGUGACAAGACGUCAACAGGACGACAAGAAAGGCUGUCUCUCGACGAACGUGAACUUGAGAUGCUAUAUGACAGAGAUCGGAAAGCGGGUCAACCAAGCAGGAAGUCCAUUGCAAUGGAAAUUUCGGCGCUUCUUGCGGAGAGUGAAAAGUUCAAUGAGGAAUACGAUACUAGGCGAGACAUUGAAGAGAGUGGAGACUCCAGUCGCACCAGCUCAACGCAGUCCACUUCAAGUACUGCCCCAAAAUAUCCGAACAAGCGAAAAGUCGAUAAAAAACAAAGUAGACAGGGGACGUACCCACGGGGGGCAGAUGAACAAAAACAUAAAACUAAAAAGAUGGAUCUCAAAAUGCAAGACAAGAAGCGAAAGAAAAGUAAGUCGAAGAGUGGGAGAACCAGGUCCUCAGAUACGAAUCCGUCAGUUCGUGCUCGCAGACAGAGGGAAACUACACUAGCAAAUUCUGGAAAACCAACUGGCUCCAGCUACCCACGUACUACUAACUACCGCACGGCACCGCGUAGUUAUUCCAAGCAAGUGGAAGGAAGCCUUGAACAGCGCCCACUCAGUGUACCAACAGCAAGUAAAAAAAGAAAAGGCAUGCCUUCUCCUGAGCGAUCCCGUGCGUUCAUAUCGAGGAAAACUGCUGCAGAUUUUGUAGGUGCCGAUUUUAGUGCUCCACGAGGGUACGAGUAUCCGCGUCAGUCAUACCCUCGUGAUGUCUACGAUCAGGAGGAAUACGAAAACGAAUACCUUGAAGAACAGACCGCUCAAGCAUCAAGUACGAGUGAUGAGCGUUAUGCACUGUCUCCUGUGUACCCUCCGCCACUAAAUGGCGAGUGGUACGUGGACCCUGCGUCACCAUGGAGUGAAAGAGAGCAGUAUAGUGAUCGAACGGCUGAGGGUUCAACAGCUGUGUCACCCCUUUAUCGACCUCCAUGCUUAACGCCAUCGCCGGCAGAUAUGAGAGAUAUGGGCUAUUCUUUUGCCGACGGAUUCGUUGCUACGCCGUCACAUGAGUUUUCCUGGACAACGUUAGACGAAUACGAACGAUGCACCACAACUCGUCGUAAGAAGAGUAGCGUCCUGCGAGACUUUGCUUGGUCUAAGGAUCACACGUACAGCUUUGCGCCAGCGUCUCCCUCGCCAGAGUGGAUAUCACUCGCACCAGGUGAAGAAUACUUUGAUUCUCCUUACACCGAGGAAAGGACGCCUGCACUAUGCCGGCUGAAAAAAUGCAUGCAGAUACCGCAUAUGGAAUACAAGACGCCAAUUAUACCUUCGCCGCGAAGUCUGUCGCUCCCGCCGAGGCCAGCCGAGCGAGAUACAGAAAUCCCGACGCGACGUUUCCUACCUCGGAGAACGUCUUCAAUGGCUAUACUGCCAGCGGUGAAUGAUAGGUUCGUACCACAGCUGAGAAGAACGCAAUCUGUUGGAAAUACGAGUGCGUCAUCAAUGGAGGAAAUGUUAGCAAUGCCACCAGUAGUUAAAUUAUCCUGGGUUCCACGGGGAAGACAAGAAUUAGCAACUGAGAAUAGGCCACGCAGGGCAAGACUAUUAGUGGCACAAGAUGGGGACGAUACAGAAGACAGGCUAAUGAACGAAUUUGUCGAAGAAUAUCAACCGCUGCAGAACUAUCCUCCUACGCGAUUCGGUCCCCAGACGCAGAACGUUUCUCUUAUGCAAGGCUAUCUACCAGUGCAGAGCACUGCCUCCAUGCAAGGAUACCUGCCCAGGUAUAGAUACCCUCCUUUUUGCGGAUACGCCCCCACGCAGGGAAGUGUACCCAUGUACGGAUAUUCGCAAGUUCCAAACUACCAUCCCAUGAAAAGCCAGUCAUCUGUACGCCCGGCAAGCACGCAGAGUAAUGCAGUUGAAGAAAUCCAACAAGAGGGCGAGGAUACGCAAGGGUACCAAGAAAAUGAGAUUGAGGAUGAUUCGCACGAUCAGACGUUUACACAGGGAGCGUUUCCCAAAGACGAAUUGAUGGAACCUGUAGUGGCGGAUUUGGACGACACAACUGUAUCGCAGCAAGUCCCUGACAGUGGACAGGCAUUUUACACGGCAGAUACAUUUGAGCCUCCUGAGCCUUUGGAGUCACGAACGCGCUCUGUGGCAUCGGACAUGAGAGAUGCACUGCCAUUUUACUCUGAGGAUGCAUUUUCAGCCUCCGAGCCAUCGCAUUCACUAGUAGCGUCUGUCGCACGAGACGCAAGAGACGUAACAGUAAGUACAACCCUGCUUCAUUCGUCAAUUGAGGGAGAUGACGCCGUCGCUGAGGAAACAAGAUUACUACGUUCGUCCCUUGACACCAAUGAUUUGGAGGGAAUCCAUCCGGUUGAGAGCACUCCAAGCGUGUCCCAGGGCUCUACAGCGAGUGUGGAAAGCAAACAAAUAAUCCCUGUAAUUGAGAGUACUGUUCCACAGGAGCCGCCAGCAGUUGCUAUUGCCACCGAACACAAAAGUUUGUCGCCGAUUUUGCCGCCGAUUCUUCCGCCGAUUGUGUUGCCAAUCCUGCCACCCCCUGAAGUAGAUAUUAGUCCAGAGACUGGAGCACCAGAAGCAGCGCCUGUAGCGAAGCCAGUGGAAGAAGAAAAGCUUAUUCCGCCGUCUGACUCCGAGAGCGAAGCUGAGAAAGCGAUACAGGAUUACGCUGAAUCUACGAUACAUCUAUACCCGGAAAGUCGGUUAGUCCUUGUUGGGGCUCUGAUCUGCAUUGCAUGGAUACUUUUCACCUUGCUCUUUACUACUUCUAGCCACAGGGAAGGCGCUGAGAGAACUACUCCGAAAUUGUCCACCGAACCCACUGCGUCUGUGACUGAAGAAAGCAUUCAAACACCAUCUGCCAGCAGCCUAUCUACAGCUAACGCAUACACCAACGCUACAGGCUCAGCGUCAGGAGUAGGAACACCGUCCACCCCGCAAAUGUCCACCCCGCAAAUGUCCACCCCAACGCCCCCUAGUGCGACGACAGGCAUAUUUUACUGCAGUACCGAAUUUUGCAGACAGGAAGGACUAUAUUUGGAAUCUCUUUUACAAACCUCAAGGUCCUCUCCUUGUGACAACUUCUACGACUACGUCUGCGACGGCUGGGUGAAUAGCGUCGCCGGCGCUAUUCCACUGGGAUCUGGCACAGCUAUAUCGCGAGACACUGAGCUUCAGUCUCAAAUAGAGGAAGCUGCUUUGAGUUACAUCAUUGAUGGUCAACAUGCAGACGUCGCUCCCGCGCGACAACUCUAUGAAGCCUGCAAAGACCGCACUCGAGCCGGAGCGGCUGCCGUAAAUUCUGCGCGCCAAAUGUUCCGAACAUGGAAAAUCAACGAGUGGCCUCUGACAGACCAGUCACGAACGUCAAAAGUGGACGAUGUUUGGCGCUUCGCAGGCGAAAUUUCGCGUGACUUAAAUAUCGAUGCUUUGCUUUGCGUCUCCGUCGCAAAAGAUCCCAGGCACCUAAACCAGCUCAUAGUGGACCUAGGUCAGCCUCGACCUAUCUAUUUCCCUGGUGAUUCAUCUUACAUAGAGGUUAGUACCUUGUUCCGUGAAGCCAUCAAGGAAACCGCGGCAGAAUUUCUGGCAGACACUACAGCGCAGGAUGUAGUGGUGAACGAAGUAAUGAUCACAUUCACCACCAUUGUGCAAAAAUUUGGACUGGGAACAGACCGCACAGAGCCUGGUCAAGACAUGGAAAUGUCUCAGGUUCAUGACCUGAGCGCCGGAGUGCAGCAUUUUCUCAGCACAGUGUUUGUAAAUGUGAACACUUUUGGCUUAAACAAUUCCCUGCUGCUUCAUCACCCGACGUAUGUUCGUCUUGGUGUGGAUGAAGCCGUCAAUGCUUUGCCACCGCGGACUACCUUAAACUACCUUGGAUUUCGUUGUCUCCUUCGACUUGCGCCAUUCCUACCUGAAAAGCUGACCAGGCUCAGGGAGCUGUACUCCGUGGAAGUUCUCGGUCGUACUCAAGAGCCCAACGUGACCACGCUGUGCCUUCGUGCAAUCGAGAUCGUUCUCCCAGUUUGCUUCGUCAGGUCCUACGCAGUGCGCCGUGUCAAGUCCCGUGAAGACACGGGAGCACGCAACUGGUUGUCCCAACUGGAAAGCAUAUUCAUUUCCUACGUGCGGCAGGUUGAGUGGAUGGACGAUCUCACUGCACUCUUGGUGCGUUACAAGAUGAAACAUCACUUCCUUGCCCGCUUUUUCCCCUAUUGGGCUGUGCAAGAAAGCGACUCUUGCACGUCGGCACACUUCGACAGCACGCAGACACCGCUAAUUGGCUACUUCGAGACAUCUGUCCGACGUCGCAACGAAAUGCUUCAAAAGGCCUUCGGUAACAACGUGCAGACGAGAUUUUCUAUGGGUUGGCUCCUGGAUAUUGUUGCAAAAUACCAAGAAUCGCAACAGACAUUUUACAUACCGCAAGCACUCCUCAAUGCAUCUGUUCCCACUAAAGGAACCAUAUUUGCCUUUCACCUGUCUCGCGUUGCCGUCCGUCUCUACGUAGCCCUAAUCAAGAUCCUGUACGGGGGAACAAUUUAUGAGAAGGAGACACCACUGCAUUUCACUGACGACGCUCUACUUAAAUUAGACGAAGUUGUCACUUGUUUCGAGCGAGACUUCGAUGCUAACCGAGGCCAGCAGAAUAUUAACGCGUCUUGGAUACGUUACUCGCUUAUGGAACAAGGGCUUGCUGUCCACCUUGCCUUCCUAGCCUUCCAAAAACUGGUUCAUGUGCGACGAAUUUGGCAUUUAGACUUUCGGCUUAUAACAUUACAGAGCGUGACCUCGGAUCAGUUAUUUUUCAUCUACUAUGCUCUUGACAACUGCGAGUACGCAGAUGCCGCCUACCGACACCACGAGUUCUUCCAACAUCGCCGGGUGCCUCCCCAGCAGAGGGUCAACCUGCCACUACGACAUCUACCUCAGUUCGCGCUCGCGUUUAACUGUACCCAGCACGAUUUCAUGGUAGCACCCGCCUUCAGCCGUUGCGCUACCCUUAAAACACAAUCACCAUCUCCAAUAAUUCCACCCCGAAUUAUUCAUUAGCUCUGCCCAUAUUGUCUAUUUGUAUACAGGAUACUACUUACGUAUUACCUUACUACA